CCCUUCCAUUCUCUCUCUCUCUCUCUCUCUUUCUCUCUCUCUUCCUCUCUAGCAGUGACGAAUUGUGUAUUGCGCUGCACUGGCAGCCCACCGAGAGUCCAACACUUUCCUCCAUCGAGCUAGAAGCCUCUCUCUCUCUCUCUCUCUCCUUUCCCCGAGUGAGCUGCAGGAAAACAGCGCAACCCAAUCCAUCCUCCUCCUCCUCUGUUCCCCCCCGCCCUUUUCUUCUCCGGCCGAGAAAGCAGGGGAAAGAAGAAGAAACGUGGGGAAACAGGCAUGGAUCUGUGGUCUCUGAACCUCAAGAACGCGAGCGGCAGCCCCUGCCUGCUCCGCACUUCCUUCCGGGAGGUCUGCGGGAAAUCCGGGAAGGCCGCCGGCACGAGGGUCCUCGAGAUCAGCGCCCUCAAGAAGCGGAGGCCUUCCGGCGCCCCCCGCCCCGUCCUUCACCGAUCUCUGGUCGUUCGAGCUCUGGCCAAGAAGAACAACAACAACAGCAACAACAACAACAACAACAACUCCAAUUCAUCCUCAUCGGGAAAUGGCGAUCGUUCUACCCCAGAUUCUUCUGAUGGCAACAGAUCCAAUGAUACCGCUUCUCAGAAGUCUAACCAUAAGAAUCUGGAUUGGAGAGAGUUCAGGGCCAAUCUUUUUGCAAGGGAGCAGGUAGAAAAAGGAGAAUCAGAGGCUUACAACAAAGAUGAGGGUCAUCAUGAGUCCAAACCUCUAGGUGUUAAAUGGGCACAUCCCAUUCCAGUACCAGAAACUGGCUGUGUCCUUGUGGCUACGGAAAAGCUUGACGGGGUUCGCACUUUCGAGAGAACAGUCGUUCUCCUUCUCAGAUCGGGAACUAGACACCCACAAGAGGGGCCAUUUGGAGUAGUCAUCAAUCGGCCACUUAACAAGAAGAUCAAACACAUGAACCCCACUAACCUCGAUCUCGCCACAACAUUCGCUGACUGUUCUUUGCAUUUCGGUGGCCCCCUCGAAGCAAGCAUGUUUCUACUAAAAUCUGGGGAAAAGGCCAAGCUUCCUGGCUUUGAGGAGGUGAUUCCUGGUCUAUGUUUUGGCGCUCGCAACAAUUUGGAUGAAGCAGCUGCGCUGGUCAAGAAGGGAGUUCUGAAGCCUCAGGAUUUUAGAUUCUUUAUGGGCUAUGCUGGAUGGCAGUUUGAUCAGUUGAGAGAAGAAAUAGAAUCUGAUUAUUGGUAUGUCGCUGCAUGUAGCUCAAAUCUGAUCUGUGGUGGUUCAUCAAGUUCAUCCUCAGGCCUUUGGGAGGAGAUCCUGCAGCUAAUGGGCGGUCACUAUUCAGAGCUUAGCCGGAAGCCUAAGCAAGAUAUGUAAAUACCUGUAGGCUUGAAGUGAAUAAGAGAGCUCGAAAACAAUUCAGAUCUUUGAGUCUUGGAGAAAAUAGUAUUUAACUCAAAUGUACAGUAGUAUAGUGUAGGUCUUCCUUUUUCCAACUUUUGUUCCUGGAUAGGAACGUGGGUUGUUGAUAAAGACAUGUUCUUGUUUUCUUUGAUUCCAUUAAUGCACUGUUACUUAUCUAUUUAGAGAAAGGUGUGCUAGACACAUUCUCUUGCAAUAACCAUGUGCCUUUUAUGUGAAAAA